UAACUGUUCUUUUAACCCUCUUAGGUACGACCUUUGCCACUUGAAAUGGAUUUGGAACUUAUCGCUCGGCUUCCAUGCUCCCUGACCUUGUAACUCAUGCUCACAGUGCUAUUGUUGUAGUACAACUAUAGGGCUAGUAGUGUUUGUAAGUACUCCCAUGAGACACACCAACGACGCUUGAAAGAUAAGGUCUUGGUUGAAAAUCUCCUGAUAUGCUUAUCUGGAAAUUUUACAAGAGCACAUACAGAUAAGAAAGUGGAGCAACUUUCAAGGUUUUGCACGUUUAUGUAAAGGUUACAUGGAGGUCUUGGACUAUACUUUUUGAAGUUGUUUGACAUAAAAUGUUCCCCAUUUCUGUUAGUUUCUUCCUUGUUUGAUCAAGAUUCCAAUUCUUGCUCUAGGUAUAUUGGUAGAACUACGCUCUACAACAUCUGUAAUAACCAAGGUCAAAGACAGUGCCUGCCGGUCCAAGGGGGCCUCUCCACUUGGUUAUCCAAAAAAGACUGGAGGUCGGUCCAUCAUUGAGAAAACAGGCAUGCUGAGACCGGGGGAAAUUUAACGUGGUUCGUGGUGAAGAAAACUGUUCCUCAAAAUGCUUUCCUUCACAAUCUCGGCUCUACUUCUAAUCCCAGGAAUCAGUUCAUUCAACCUGAAUAACACAACUCUCGAUGAUCAAGUGGACGUUUUACAUUUUCAAAGCGACGGCUACCAUUCAACCGAUUCGUUUCUUUUGCAUUCGGGUGAAGCCCGCAUAGAAUCUGGCUUCUCGAUGUGUCUUUGGUAUUCCGUAGAUUAUUGGCGGGGUGAAACAUCGACUAUGGUGUCAAUCGUAGAAGGCAAUUGGUUGGACGUGUUUGGGCUCAAUCUGGUCAAUAACGGAACCUACACGGGCAAUGUCAGGCUAGAAGCUGUACUUAACAAUGUCCGGUUUGGAAACGUUUUCGACGAAAUUUCCAACUUUCAAUUACAUCAAUGGCAUUCUUGGUGCGGAGUCAACCGGAAGAACUCAGAUGGAAGUUUCACGUUGGUUUCGUACUCCAACGGGAAGAAUGCCACACAACAUCCUGGACUUGACAUCCCCAAGGAAUACUUCAUCGUGUUGGGACAAGAGCAAGAUUCUCCAGGAGGCAGUUUUGAGCUGGAACAAAGCUUCGCCGGGAAACUAGCCAUGGUCAGUCUUUGGCCUCAGACCCUCUUGACAGCUCAAGAAGUUCAAGAUUACCAAAAAUGCCUUACUUCUCCCUCGCCAAAUGAAAUCCAUGAAGCGAUUUCGAUCGACCGAUGGGAAAAUAACAACGUGAAGUCCAGCCGGAUGUUCCAGAAGGAUCUUUGCGCAAAAAACCUAUGGCUCACCCAAGUCCUGAUCCCAGAGCAAACCUUGUUCAGUGAAGCUCGGUCUGUCUGCCAAUCCAUUGGAACCGACAUAAUAACGAUCAAUUCGACUCUAGAAGAAUACAACUCUGUGGUAACGUCUCUCUUUACGGACCUUUGCCAGGAAAACGCUUCGAAAAACUGUGGGGGACCAUUAAACCAACCUUUGAGUCCACCAUUCACUUGGGUCCUUCGGGACCCCAAAACAGGCGAAUGUGACCGACUUUAUGGAGCCAGAAAGUUUUCACCCAGAGGUUGCGAGAACUCUCUCGGCCCAGCUACACUUUGCGCUCCACUUGCUCCGGAGAAAAACGAGAUCUAUUUGAAAGGCCUUUGUCAAGGCUCCAUUUUCCGGGCCUUCGAUACCACGUAUCAUGUGUAUGGCUUUGGGAGGAAAGGCCGAAUGCGAUUCCAUGGACACCAAAAGAGCCGAAUCGAGUAUCUGGAGGUCCUACACGGCGACUCGCUUCGGGGGGAGUGGCGGAUCCAAAGUUUGAGCUUCCCGGAUGAAUUCUUCACGCUCGAAAGUUCAGAUUAUCAAUUCCCAUUUGGUCGUCGAACUUGGACCGUUAGUGGGUCCAGAGUGUGUUCCCUUCCUACUGGAUCAAAGAUCACCUUAACUUUUGCCCGAUGUACUCAAGGCCAAUUUACGUGCGAUGACGGCAAAUGCAUAGACUUAAAUCGCAGGUGUGAUGGAGUCACAGAUUGUGGAGACAAAACUGACGAGUUGCAUUGCAAAAUUAUUCGACCUGAUGACACCUACAUAAAGCAGAUUGUUCCAGUCUCAGAGGAAGGCAAAACCCAGAUUCAAAUUCAAGUGUCCAUCCAUUCAGUUCGAAAUGUGGAACCCAUGGAAUCCAAAAUCGUUUUUGACUUUUCGGCUUGCUUCACAUGGAGUGAUCCCAGAUUGAAACUUGCGGAUUUGUGUGAUGAAGAGAAUAAGAAUGUUUUGAGCCAAGAAGACAUGGCUAUGAUCUGGAUUCCACAAGUCAUCCUGUCAAACACUCUGAGUCCUGGCCAUGGCAAAUAUUUGGAUACAGACUUUGGAUUUGCCAGAGCUUUAAAUGGAGGAAAGUGGACCGACAAUUCCGAAGCUGUUGAAUCUAUAAUCUUUGAUGGCCAUGCAGCCACGAUCAGCCUCAAAAGAACCAUUCAACAAGAGUUCCAUUGCCAUUUUGAUUUGCAAUACUAUCCGUUCGAUACGCAAACUUGCAGCGUCAUUUUUCAAGCGACAGAGAAAAACUCCAGUGCUCUCAGAUUUCAAGUGCUUUCCCCUUUGGAUGUUUUUGAUGGCAUCAACUUAACAGAGUAUGACAUUAUCCGUUAUAACAUUGAGGAAUCUGUUUCUUCCACGAAUUUCAGUCGGGCCAUUGCCAGCGUAACCAUUCGCCGAAAGAUGGCUUAUCAUGUGUUCAACACGUUUUUCCAGACUCUCCUGCUCAUCUUGGUGGGCUACUUAUCCUUCUUCUUCAAAGUUAAUAACUUCUCAGACCGAAUAAUGGUCACCCUGACCACAAUGCUGGUUGUAGCCACAAUCAUGGUGGCCAUUCAAAGCGGCCUUCCGAAGACCUCCUACUACAAAAUGAUAGAUUAUUGGCUCAUAUUUUGCCUCAUCAUCUUGAUCAUUACGUUUGCCAUCCACACGUCUAUUGGAUAUGUGUUGGACAAACCUGAACAAAUCAUCGGGAAACCCCGCAACACCUGGACCAUUGCUGUCCAAAUGAACCGCAUGGGACGAAUCCUCGUUCUGGCCAUUGUCGUUGUUUUUAAUCUAGCAUUCUGGAUCUUGGCCUUCAGCGAAUACGUCAAUGGUUAACCAUAUACUGAAUGCGAGGGAGUCUGAAUGAUCCCGACAUUCACUUACUUCUCGAUAAUGAUGAUGAUGAUGAUGAUUUUCCGGGUGGAAACCGCCAUCCGCCAAACUCAGAGAAACUAGUAUUGAGGAAAUAAACCAGUUCACAACCAUGAUUGACGACGACAGUGAAAAGAGUUCAGGACUGAGCCGAACUGGCAAAACGGUGCCAACGAUGAAGAUAAUGAUCAAUCACACUUCACAUCAAUCCGACCAGACCACCAUUAUCAUGUAUGAUACGCCAAUAGAAAUGAAAUGGCUGUUGUUUGUACCAAGCACUUGACAGUUGAAUCACCCAGUGAUCGUCUUGGAUGUUUUCACUUCAGUGUGCUUGGGAAGACUAAAUUGAGAAAUAAACGAAACUGGUAGUUUUAAGCAAGUUCAAUCCAAUAUUCGCUAUGAUGAUGGUAAUGUGCAGAUAAAGUGGCGGUGUUGGCUGAACGAGCUGAAUCAAAGGGAUCGCCGUCGUUUUCGUCGAGAUUCCCACUAAAAGCUAUCUUUUUGUGCGUCCUUGAAUGAAAUCCACGUGUGUUGAAGGCCUUC